GACUCAACGCAAAAUGGCUGCACGAAGACAAAAACGUACGUUUACAUAAAAAAUAUAGUUUAUAGAAGUGACAAAACUAGUUUGUAACAUCAGAAAAGUGUUUUAAAGUGAACUUUAGUUAAUAAACAAGACACUCGUGCCUAAAUAGUUGAGUUCAAACAGUGAUUUUGUGCGCAAAACACAAAUAAACGACAUGCAGUCGUCGAGCCUGGGUGGAGGCUAUCCUAGGUACCAGGGCUACCCGUAUGUGAAACCAAUAGUCACUGAGAUACCAUCCGAUGCACAGCCGGUCACAAUAACACAGCCCCCACCCCAGGCCAGUAACCCUUACCCUCGUUACCAAGGGUAUCCCUACGUGAACCCCAUCGUAACUGACGUUCCCACGAUAGACCCCCAGACAGCAGCCAGAUGGGCCAAUCUACCACGACGACCAUUGCAGACUGAUGGGCCAAGAGCCGGGACGAGCUAUGGACCCAGUAGUCCCCAGACCACACCUACAAGAGCUACCACAACACAAAAUGCAGAGACCACAAAAAAGGAUAUCGAUGAGACGCCUGUGGUCUACAUUGAUAUGCCUGAAGCUGGGAGCGAGGUGUCACAGAGCAUCGUCACUCCUACUGAUGAUGAACCGGAAUUCGUGCAGGACACGAUCAUGUACGAUCCCUUUGAAAACCGAAGGAUUGACGCAGUGAAAGAUGAAUCAAGAUCUGGUGCGUCUUCCGAAUCAGGAUCCUCAAAUUCAUCACACCAUCAGGCUAUCAGACCAAAUACCCUGAACCUGGCUGGAGGAAGCUCAAGUGCAGACACUCCAGGCUCUUCAUCAUCACGACAGACUCCAUUAAUGCCAAGUUUUAUGGCUAAAGAGAGUCAAGUAUAUGGUGGGAAUACAAGUGAUGGGUUUCCAAUAUCACCUAUUCCUAUUUCGGAGUUUCCAGAGCCACCACCGGCUUACACAGAGACUCCUGUUACUCAAUCUCCAUCUCCUACCAGAGAGCCUGCUAGAGAGACGCCUAGAGAACCCAUUCUGGAGCCUUUGAGAGUGGAGUCCAUUAGAAGAGAUCCUGUUUAUUCUCCAGCUCCCAUGACGCAGGUUAUCACAUCAAACUACUCCAGCCCAGUAACAAACCUGCCUCUAUCAGCUAUGAACUACGAGAGAAAGAACCUCAUCUGUCAUCAUUGUGGAUCCCGGGUACAUACGCUGGUUGUCAAAGAGAACGGGCCUAUGACACAUGUCAUAGCUUGUAUACUCUUUUUUAUGUUCCCUCUCUCAAUCUUCUGUGUCUACUGCACCGACUACUUCAAGUACAACAACCACUACUGUCCAAGCUGUAACAACCAAAUCGGUUAUGUGUCUCCUGUAGUGGGUAAAAAAGUUAAUUACAUCACUUAAACUAAGUCUACUUGCCCUUUUUAAGCAUCUACUACUCUCGUUUUCACUGCUCGUCGCCUAUGGAUCGUAGUGUGAGGUUUUAUAACUUAAUUAUAUAGUCUUUCUCGAUAAUUGAUUGCCUAACACAAAAUAAUAAUAUGCAAAUUGAACCAGUCGUUUCUAAGAUUAACGAAAUCACAAGUAAUUUUAUAUUAACUAAAAAUCGCGGGUUACUCACGUGAAAAUACUAAGAAAACCUCUACUAGUUUCGA